AUGAGCGGCGGAACGGAACAACAACAAGAUCAAAAGAAGCGGGUUAUUGUGGGAUGCACAGGGAGUGUUGCAUCUAUAAAAAUACCUUUUCUAAUUCAGGAACUAAACAAUCUUAAUGACAGGGUUGAGGUCAAGGUAGUAGCUACUGAUCAUGCCCUUCAUUUUUUCAACAAAGACUCUCUUCCUGUUCCAGUGUUAACAGACAGUCAUGAAUGGGAGAUGUGGAAAAGUGUGCAGGAUCCAGUUCUUCAUAUUGAGUUAAGGAGGUGGGCAGACAUAUUAGUGAUUGCCCCAGUGGACUGUAAUACACUGGCCAAGAUAGCUAAUGGACUGUGUGACAACUUACUGACAUGUAUAGUGAGAGCCUGGGAUCUAAAUAAGCCAUUGUACUUUGCCCCAGCCAUGAAUACCUACAUGUGGGAACACCCAAUCACAGCACAACAGAUAGGCACACUAAAGAACUAUGGCUAUAAAGAAAUUCCCUGUAUUGAGAAAAAGCUAGCAUGUGGAGACACUGGAUUUGGAGCCAUGGCAGAGGUCUCUACAAUUGUAGGAUGUAUAAAAGAUGCUUUGGACUUAACAUGAAAAUUUCCUAAUUCAUAGUUUUACUAAAUUAAAUGAAUUGUAAGGAUUUGGACAGCAUUUAAAGUUUCUUUUCUUGAGAAUAAGCUUGUUUAUAGAAGAAAGUUGACAGUUUUCUUUUUAUUUUGUUGGGAAAAAGAAUUGAAAUGCCAGAUGCAUUAAAGAAGAAAUAAAUUGGAAUCAUCUGAUUAG